UUUUUCUUUUUUGUUUUGUUUUGUUUUGAGAGUUACAAGUUUCAAAUCUAAAUCAUCAUCAUCAUCAUCAUUAUGGAUUGGAUGUAUAAAGGUGUUUCAGGUCAUGUUGAUCGCGAAGAUUAUCUUACUGGACGUAAAAUUGAUAAAUCAUUUGAAAUGAUUGAUCGUGAAGAGAAUCCACAUUUGCAUCGUAAUGAUGAUGAUGAAUUUUGUUUGCCAACAACAUCAACAUCAACAUCAAUGAACGAUAAUUUGGAACAAUCCAUAAUGAACAUGUCAAAAACAGAUAUUGUUGCCAAAAUGCGUGAAGAUCCAUUAUUUCAGAUUAAAAUGAAACAAAUGGAAAAACGAAAAGAAUUAUUGAAAAAUCCAUUGAAAUUGAAAAAAUUGAAAAAUCUAUUACAAUCAUCGUUGGCAAAAGAGGAAAAGAGUAAAAAGAGAAAAAAGAAACGAAAAUCAAGUGAUAAAAAGAAAAAACAACGUAGUAAAAAAAGUCGAAAACAUUCUAAACAUUCAUCAACUUCAUCAUCAUCAUCAUCAUCAUCAUCAUCAUCGACAUCUGAAUCGGAAUCAUCAGAUUCAGAAUCAGAUUCCAAUCAUCGAUCAAAAAAAUCCGCUCAUCGUCAUCAUCAUGAUAAUCGUGAUCAACGAAAACAUCAAAGUGAUAGAAAAUAUCAUUCUAAUCAAAGACAAUCAGAAUCAACAAGAAGACAUUCAAACAAUGAUAGCCAUGAUCGAUAUCGAUCUUCAAAAUCCAAUCACCAAUCAUUGCCAUCAUUAUCGAAAAAUAAAUCAAAAUUAACGGAAGAAGAAAUUGAACGAAAACGACGAGAAAUGAUGUCAAAUGCAGAAUGGCGUGAACAAACACGUAGUGAAAAAGUGACUAAAUUAAACCAACGUGAUCAUCUUGAAGAUCAUCUUGCACGUGAAUCAUUUCGACGACAACAUGAUAAUAAUAAUGAUUCAGAUGAUGAUCAUGGCAAUCAUUCUGGUCGAAAUAAUAGUGGUUUUAUUCGUUCAAUGUUAUCAAAAAUGGCCGAUAAAAAUACUGUUGAAAGAUCCAUACAGCAGAAACGUUUUCAUUCACAACGUGAUCACACAGCAAUGGAUAGGAAUUUUGCAAGAAAAACCUAAUUAAUUAAUUUUGCAUCAUUGACCAUUUAUAAAUUCUUUUUUUUCCCAUUUAUUUUAUAAAUUAAAAAAAGCUGUUUUCAAACUAAAAAAACUAGGCCAAAUUCAAAAUUUAUUGAUCGAUCGGAAAUAUCUUUUUUAGAUUCGUUCUGCGAUUGAUUCAUGAAUUGAUGGAUAAAUAAAUUGAUGAUGUUACAUAAGCAUAAGAAAUGUCAUACAUUUCUCUUCAUUCAAAUGACACACCUUCGGGUUUUUUUAAAAAUACGGACGGAUGCACAGAUUUUCGCUUUCAUCCACAUAAUACAAAUACACACACCCAGAAAAAUUUAAAUCGAGGCUAAAGAUGCUUCUUCUUUAAGAAGAAUAGAGAAGAGACCUAGAGACCUAAAUUCAUCAUCAUCAUCAUCAUCAUCAAUAUCGUUAUUCAUGUGAAAGUGAAAUUCAU